CUUUGAAUAACGACGACAUUCUGGAAGUCGAUUCACGACAGAGAAUUCCUUAUUCACUCGAAAGGAUCAAGACGACCGAGACAUGGAGAUCACUGUGCUCGGGGAAUACAGGCCCUUUGGCAGGGUUGAGGGUCGCGCCAGUCAGGAGGCCGAGAGACUUUUUGCGCCACCGUUUUCCGCUCCAGAGGGCUACGGCUUUGGGAAAACACGCCGAGACGAUUCGCACAUUACAACAAAACGAGGCAGCAUUACUCUACCCCGUUAUGAAUUAUACCCACCGACUCAGGAUGGUAUCAUUAAUGAGGCGCUUGAGCCGCCGAAGGACAGCAACCGAUCCAGUCUUGGAAAAAACAGGUCUCAGCGGGGAUACGAUGUCGAGGUUGUUGUUCAGGGUGCUAAAGUCACUUGGACGCAAGGUGGAGUGCUUCGAAAGAUCCUGGACUUUAGCGCUGAGAAUGAGUCUAUUCAACAAACACUGUUUGCAUGGUUCAUUGUCAACACUCUUUCUCAAAAGACUUCCGAUCGAGAGCGAGACCGUGAGCGAGAGCGAGACGACGAGUUUGAUGUUGCGCAGCUACAUUCAGUUGAUAACCCAGGCGCGGAUCGUCAGGGCAGGCAGCAGGCAUUGGUCAUCAUUCUCAAGGAAACUGCCAGAAUUUACUUCCCCAGCGGAGAGUCGUACUCUGUCUACCUGCCGUUCAGCGUUCAUAGGGUCUGGGCCAUGGAUCUGGGACUUUUGCUGGAGCGAAAGCCGGAAUACGAGGAGGAAGUCUCCGAGGAGAUGGAAGGCGCAGGUCUGCCAAGAUUUUAUAUGAUCAUGGAUCCAUUCAACGAGUUACAGAUCGUGACACUUUACCGGCUCCCCAAGCAGACACCGCCUCCAAAGUCAAUGCUUCGGGAGGAUGUUCCACGGAUACGGCACCUGAACGGCAUCGUGGGCGACAUAUUCAACACAUGCGUUUUUUUAUCUAAUCUGGAUGCCAACGACAGAACCGUGAUCACGUUUGACCUGCUGCUGCGGCGACAUCGAGUUUGGCGGUACGCGUCAAGUAUGCCUUCAGCCUUGCCAUUUUCAAGGAUGCAGUCCCAGACGACGCCUGUUAACAGUACAACCAUGGAAACCGACGCUGAUACAGACCUUCAGAUGCGGACAGACACGUAUCUCUUUGAAAUUGAGAGCAACAUCCAGGCAGCAUCACCCGAUUCGACGAUCUUCAGCGCUCAUGCUUUUGAUGGUUCUACCGUAAUCGGCGUGUUGGACCAUGAAGUCGAGAAACUUUCAUGCUAUCAGAUCAUUGCGGACCAAAUUGUCGUGCAUCUUUGGACAAGGCCUGCGCUUUCUGCGGUCGCUGUCGAGGCUACCCGAAGGCAGCAGCGCGACAUCCUGAUUCUAUCCCAUAAAGGUGAUCUGCAAUUAUGGACCGGUUUCGCAGCGGAGCUUGUGCCUUGUCAUGUCAAUCUUGGAAGCAACUGCCUCAAGCGUAAAAGGAGAAGCAAGCGGCCUAUUAGGAGGACUACCAGUAGUAUUUUCACGGACGGUAUGGGAUUAAAGGGCUCGACACUACGGAGCGUUCCCGCGACAGGAGCGACUUCCACCGUCAAUGAGAGUACUGAGAUUAUCGAGAUGCGCGACCCGGUGGAGGACAGAAUCAGUCUGAUUCUUGGCGACGGCAUGAUCCUGAGAGUGCAGCUGGACUUCAUUGUGCGGUCAAGCUUGGUUCAGGAGUGUCUUGAUGCGAUCAGCUACGCGUUGCCGGUGGAUGUGCUUUGGGAUUUUAGGCACAGAUUCCUUCAACUUCAGUUUGAUAGGGCGCCUCAAUACGCGGAUAUCCUUGCCGGUGACGAAUGGAGCAGCUUUACAACAACGCUGCUGUCAUACUGUGAUCCUAGCUUUACGCCUCCGGUCAUGUCGUCUCCGAAAAUGCAGACGCGCACAUUAUCUGGACUGCCGAAGAAGCCAGCAACAUCCGAAUCUAAUUGGGAUUUUUUUCUCGAUUCUGAUAUGCAUCGGAUACUGGGUAAUCACCCUUCGUUUCGCGGUGAGAUCUUGCCGCUCCCAGUCUCGAGUGCCAACCAGUUCACCGACAUGAUUACGAAGGCACAGAAAUUGGCAACGCUUCAUUUUCGUGGACCUGCGACGAGACAGUCCCUUCGCCUGGAUUUAUUCUAUAAGUACAUUCUGGUUGCCCUGCACCUAGUCUACGAGGAUCGAAAUAUUAACCUGGCGACAUGUCAAGAGGGGAAUAUGGCGCCAUUGUUACUGCUCAUGGCACAUCUUGUUCGUUGGAGUACCUGGGUUGAUGCUUAUACCAGGCGUGACUUCUCUAGCAGUAAGGUUGUCAAGUUACCAGAGGUUUACAUGGAAGGGCCGACCUUACCCCUGGAGCUGUACGAGUACGAACCACCUGAUAUCUUUCGUUGGAUCUCGGACAUGGUGUCUCAUCCCAAAGAGACGAAACCUUUUCCGACUUUGACCACUCUCUCGUCACUCCGGGAUCCUGAACAAUCCGACUUUUCACUACUGUCCUCUACCCCAGGAGAACAAACCAGGAAGGUCACUCUAUUUUUUACAGCACUGAUGACUGUCGAAGAGGAUGGGGAUCAGAGCGCUGUGAGGGCCAUUGUAGGCGAGGUAUCCACGAACACAGAGCUCGACCAAUUGCCCUUCGGUGUUUCAGUACCUCUGAGAGAAGCGCUGUGGAAGUGCCGCAGGAAUCCGUCCCCGAAUUUGGACUCGGAUGCUCUUUCAUUUAUCGGCAGGAACGAUUUAGCGGAGCUGGCAUCGAAGCACAGACCGGGGUACUACAUGAAACCACCUUCUCAGGAUACCACGGAACCUGGUAAAAGACAGGAUGUUCAUUCGCUGUGCGAAAAUGUCGUUCACCAAGAGGGAGAGCACGAACUAGAAACUACAGGCGCCGAAAUCACUGAGUCAGACAUUACAGAUCUGCGUUUUGGAGCCGAUAUGCGCGUUGCCGAGACUAAGAAGAUGCUUCAGUCCUCCGUGGUGCUGAAGAUCAAGCCAAAGGAGUCGCCGGAGCUCAGCGAGGAAGACCUUCGAGCAUCACACCAGGAUAUUCUCUGCAAGCUGGCCUUGCGGACAUUAGCCCUUCCUGUCGGACGCGCCGUCUUGACCUUUGGAACGGCCACGCCCAUUCUGAACCAAAAAUGCCCUAUACCCCCAAUCAAUCUGUCUGUAAAACUACUACCGUCUUUUGGAGUCAUGGAGCCCGAUAUUUCAUCCAUCGGUGGAGACCAAACGUUCUAUUGGCCCAACUUCCACAACGGCGUCGCAGCUGGACUACGGAUAUCCUCCAAUAGCAAAGACGUAAAUUCUUCGUGGAUCAUUUAUAAUAGACCUGACGUCUUAAAUUGCGAGCAUGCCGGGUUCCUUUUAGCGCUAGGUCUUACGGGGCAUCUGAGGGCGCUGGCGAGAUCGCAUGUAUGGAGGUAUCUGUCUUUCAAGCACGAGUUGACGUCGACGGGACUCCUUCUCGGAUUAGCCUGCGCACAUCGAGGUACCAUGAAUACGGCUAUCACGAGAGUACUUUCAGUCCACAUGCCGGCCUUGCUACCACAGAACGGAUCGGAGCUCAACUUAUCACCCUUGACUCAGGUUGCCUGCGUGCUAGGCAUUGGCUUGAUUUACAUGGAGACUUCACACCGACGCAUGGCUGAGGUCAUGCUUUCUGAGAUCGGCUUGGCUUCAGGAGAUACAACGGAUUCGGUAAACAGCCUUCAGGAAUGCCAUUCUGUCGCAGCGGGGUUCGGACUCGGUUUUAUCACUCUUGGCCAGGGAAACAAGCCGAUGGGGUUAAGGGACAUGAAGAUUGUGGACAUACUCGUCAGCUACAUGCCCGGUAGUACCGACAAGAACCACGGCGUCAGGACUUUAACAGGAUCCGUUCAGACAGAUGACCAUGGAUUAAAUCGACACCACGCUGGUAUUGAUAUAACCAGCGCCGGAGCUGCUGUAGCGAUGGGCCUUAUGUACCUUAAAACCAACAGUAAGGCCAUUGCAACAAAGCUCAGCGUACCAGAAACCCAGUUUCUGCUGGACUAUAUCACUCCUGACGCGUUGAUGCUCCGAGUAAUAUGCAGAGCCAUCGUUAUCUGGGAUAGUAUAGUGCCUACCCGGGCAUGGGUACUUUCACAAAUACCCGAUUAUCUGAAGGAUAUCAGAACUGGCGGACCGCCGAGGACAGAGACAGGGCCUCAAUCAUACUACAGCAUCUUGGCAGGGGCGUGCUUUGCAAUGGGCCUUCGCUUUGCAGGGAGUGGAGAUGAAGCAGCAUACGAAUGCAUCGUUGGAUACAUGGAUAUGUUCAUGGAACUUGGACGCGCCAGCAGAAAUGGAUCAUACGAGGACAGCAUUACCAAGUCGACGAUCCGCACUUGUUUGGAUGUGACCACGAUGGCGAGUUCGAUGGUAGUGGCCGGCUCGGGUAGAAUCGAUUUUAUGCGUAGACUCCGCAAGCUGCACCGCAGAACCAAGGGCGAUACCUCCUAUGGAAGCCAUCUCGCGUACCAUAUGGCAUUGGGACUUUUGUUUCUAGGAGGCGGGGGUUACACUCUCGGAACGAGUAACCGAUGCGUCGCAGCCUUGCUCUGCAGUCUCUAUCCAAGGCUACCGAGCGAUCCCGCGGACAACCGAUCACAUUUGCAGGCCUUCAGGCAUCUAUGGGUCUUAGCUGUAGAGCCGAGAUGUCUUGUCACAAGGGACGCCAGCACUGGAGCCUGCUGUCCUGUGCCUGUGCGUAUACACCUGAAAGCGACUCAGUGUCAAUCGCAGGUUCAGGUGAGCUAUGUCAAUCAGGCAGGAUUACAUCAUCAGAUGGAUUUGUACGCGGGAUUGCGCCCCAACACUUCUCAGGAUGUAGCGACGGCCCUGCUCUCGAUCACCAAACUUGACAUGAUGACGCCCUGUCUUCUUCCUGAAUUAUCGAAAAUAUCCAAAAUUGAGAUCCUAGGCCCUCGGUACUGGCCCAUUACAAUUGAUUUGAGUGGAGAUAACGAAGAUUACACCAGGAUAUGGAGGAUCCUCAAGACGCGGUCCAUCUCUGUGAUGCGGCACAUCGGCCAUUUGAGCUAUACUGAGGACCCGUUAGGCAUGCGUGGAAUCCUUGCGAGACCGUUUCCCAAGGUCUUGACCAGCGAGAGAUCAGGAGAGACGCUGGAGAAUGGAGGAGCGCGAAGGAAGAACUUAGAAAGACCGGGGCGAUCGACUAAGUGGCGGCAUAGGACGUAUCUAGAAAAUUUGCGAUCCGAGGAAUUAAUUCAGCGUCAGCACCAGGUCCACCAAGACCAACAGGAGACUGAACAGAGGUCUGCGUCAUACGGCGAGGAUUUCUGCUUGACAUUCCUACAUGAUCCCCAGGUGGCGUCCUUUGCCAGAUAUCUUUGCACAGUGCAGCUGGACGAUUGCGAGAACGAGCAGGAUGCUGUAAAGGAAGAAAGAAGGGCAGCAUAUUUCACAAAUGUGUUGUACGAGUGUCUGACAAUGGACAAAGUCGAGGCUCUUGGGGUGCAUGUCUGGUUGUAUGAUAUCGUCAAUCGACUCGAGAAUCUGGACGAGGUUUCGUGGCGGACGCUGUGGGAACUUCGAAUCCUGGUAAAUUACUACGACACACAACUAAGAAGGCAUCUUUCGGAAGUGGAGCAAACCCAUAGCGCUAGCACGGAGCAUCCGGAUGGUUCAGGGGCGAUAUUGGCGCUAGAAUCACAAAUGACGGAGGACGAUGGCAGCGAGACGCUGGUAAAAGUCAGUCGCGUAACAGAGCUAGUCUCGAAGAUUGCGAAGCGCGUGGAGCAGGCAAUGGAAGGCAAUCGAUCCGGUCCUCGACAACAAGAGUGGUCGAUCCAGGAUACUGCCAAAUAUUACUUCGUGAACGGAACCAUUCCUUCGUAUGAGGCAGCGCCUUCUAGUUCCAGUGAAGGUAGAGCGCAACCAAGGAGCAUGACCAAUUGGUUCAAGGUGUGGCUGGAACUGAACGAAGUGCCCGGACCGGAUGCGAUUCAGGCUAUCAAGAGAGCCUUGGAUAACACCCGUGAGUUUUGGGAAGGAUAUGUUGACCAUGAAGAAACCGCGCCAGAGACGGAGAUGGAGGACAAUAUGGAGGAGGGCACUAGCCAUGAAGGCGGAUCUGGAUCUGGAUCGAGAGGAGCAUUAUCAAACCAGCGAGGAGUAAGACCAAGGAAACUGAAGCAGCCCGCCUCUAAGGUUAAUAUGCGUGAAGGUCGUCGUCAAUUGCUGAAGCAGGUCUUUUCGUUAGCAUAUCCCGCCGUGUCCCUCAAAGUGCUCGACUAUCUCAUUGAUAUGUAG